GAGUGAGCGAGCCGGCACCAGAGCGGCGCGGGGAGCCGGGCUGAGGCGAGGGCGGUGGUGGCGGCUCGGGCCGGGCGGUGUCCGCGCUCCGCGACGCCUCGCCCUCGAGCGGGUUUCUCCUGAGGGAACCGUUCUCUUCCCCGCCGCACGCACGGGAUCCCCCGUCCUUUCCGCCGCCCCGCAAGCGAAGCCCCCUCAGCUUCCCGUCCGCCUGCCCGGGCAGAACCUAGCCGCCUUCGGCCCGCCCCUCGCGGGCGGCCUCGUCCUCCAGUCAUGGCUCUCUGCCGGCGCCUGUCCCGGCUGGCCGCCCACCUGCAAGACCCACAGAAAGUGGCCGCCUUCCAGCGGCUCUGCGGGGUGGAGGGGCCUACGGGCUGGGCCGAUGCGGAGCAGCGAGCCGGAGCCCGGGGGCCGGUGGCUAACGGCAGCCCGCCGGCCGCGGGGCGGGCGGGAGGGCAGGAGCAUCCCGCCGGGAACGGGACUGUGCCCGCUGGGGCGGGUCCCCCGCAGCGGUGGAGGAGGCCGCGGCGCAACUCCCUCACGGAGGAGGACGGCAGCCAGGAGUUCUCCACCCGUAGUCGCUUCCUCUACUAUCUCUUCAGCCUGGGCACGGAGCUCGGCAACGAGCUCUUCUACAUCCUCUUCUUCCCCUUCUGCAUUUGGAACUUGGACGCCUGGCUGGGCCGGAGGCUUAUCAUCAUCUGGGUAUGGGUGAUGUACCUGGGGCAGUGCACCAAGGAUGUCAUCCGCUGGCCGCGGCCUGCCUCCCCGCCUGUGGUGAAGCUGGAAGUGUUCUACAACUCGGAGUACAGCAUGCCCUCUACUCACGCGAUGUCGGGCACCGCCAUCCCCCUGGCGCUCCUGCUGCUCAGCUACGGCCGCUGGCAGUAUCCCCUUAUGUUUGGACUGAUCCUUGCAUUCUGCUGGUGUUUGUUGGUUUGCUGUAGUCGAAUUUACAUGGGAAUGCAUUCAAUUUUGGAUGUUAUUGCUGGCUUUCUGUAUGCUAUUCUUAUCUUGGUUGUCUUCCAUCCAGUUGUGGACCUGAUUGAUAACUUCAACUUAACUUACAAAUAUGCACCCUUAAUUAUCAUCAGUCUCCAUUUAGCCCUGGGCAUCUUCUCUUUCACUCUAGACACCUGGAGCACAUCUCGAGGCGACACAGCUCAGAUACUGGGCUGUGGUGCUGGAGUAGCCUGCGGCUCUCACAUUAACUACAUGAUGGGUCUAAAUCCAGAUCCUCCUCCCAAGACUUUACCUUUAUCACUUUCCUCUCUCACUGUGACUGUGUUUGGAAAAGCCAUAUUGCGAUUGUUAAUCGGAGUAAUAGUUCUGCUGUUAACAAAAGUAGCAAUGAAAAAAGCCACUAUUCCACUGGCAUGUAAAAUAUUUUGCAUACCACAUGAUGAUGUACGGAAAGCAAGACAACGCAUGGAAGUUGAGCUUCCCUAUCGUUAUAUUACGUAUGGAACGGUUGGGUUCUCCCUCAUGUUCAUUGUUCCUUGCCUCUUCCACUUCAUUGGUCUUUCUUGAUGCAGUUUUAUCACUUUCAAUAGAACAGAGCUAGUUGUUUUUCAAAGAGGUGCACAGUCUGCUAAGGCAAGGCUAGUGAGCUUCACUUUGGCAGGGUCUUCACUUUAACAGCAAUACAUAGAAGGCAAAGCAUUUAAAGAACUUUGCACAUCUUUGGGUAUGGUAUGGGGCCAAAAGUCAAAUAUCAAUCCACAAGAAGUGCUGAACUCUAUAAAUGCUGUGUCUAGACUUAUUGCUGUAACAAAGUCUGUGUGUGUGAUGCAAUUAAUGUAUCUGGAAUGUCUGUACCUGUGUACAUUGACAGUUUAACAGGUAUGUCAGCUGAUCAGAAAGCUUCAUUCAUGACCUGUUUGCCAUUUCAUAAUAACUUACUCAAAUUGUUGGACCAUAGACUGCUAAUUUUGUUUUCCUCUAUUCUUUCCUGAAGCCUUGCUUCAAGAUGUUUCAGCUAAUAGGCAUUUCUAAUGGACCAAACUUGUAAUGAGUUUGAAUUUUCUAAAGUAAACAGAAGCCUUUUUCUUUACCCCGCUCUACAGAGUAAAAUAUCUGGACUGUAUUGGUAGAUACCACUAAAGUGUAUAUGAUCCAGGUACUGUAUUUUAUGGUUUAAUAACUGUGCCUUUCUGUUACUAAAUUAAGAAAUGCCAUAUUACUGUGAUGUAAAAAUGCCAAAUUUUAUUUAAAAUACUACAUAAUUAGGCAGAUAUUUUUAAAUGUUAGAUUGUCCAUCAUGUUGCUGGCAUGGUUCAAGUUAACUGGAAAGUAUUCAGUUUAGCCUAAUCAAAAUUGCGUAAAUGAAAUAACGUAAGAAUCACAUCCUUAAGCUCAAGAUGUUGUAAAU